AUGGCCUUAAGAGUAGUAGUAGUAGUGAACAAUGUACAACAGAUUAAUCUACAAAAGAGCAAAGGGUCUACAAUGGCAGUAAACAGUGGUAAGGCUGUAAAGAUCCCGAAACUGGUCGUGAAGAAUAUACAGAAUUUGAGAUACGCGAAGAAGCCAGUAAUCUACAAAUGCACGAGAUGCACCAAGAGUUAUCAAUUGGAAACAUCCUUACGAAGACAUCAGAGAUUAGAGUGCGGCGUUCAUCCCAAGUACAAAUGUUUAAUAUGUGGCAAACAAUUCACGCAUAAAUUCGUAUUAACUCAUCAUUUAGCGUCCUGUCUACUGGCACAGAUGCUGAUGUCGCAGGACCCGCAGGACAAUAACGAGUGGAGCCAACGUCGAGCGAGUGAUGGACUAUCAUACAAGUUAUCCAGAUUUAAUCGAAAGAAGAGCAUAGGCGAUCCUAAAUAUGAGUGUAAUAGGUGCGGAAAAACUUAUAGGGCCACGACAUCCUUAAGCCGACAUAAACGACUUGAGUGCGGUGUCGUACCUUGCGAGGUAUGUCCUAUCUGCGAGCGCAGAUUCAAGCACAGGUUCGUCCUAAAUGCCCACAUCGUUGGUUGCGAGAGAAGAAUGAAUCAAAAGAUACAGAAGAAGGAGUUCGAUUAA